AGCCUUGGCUCUUGGGGCGGGCGCGAGCUUCGAGCUUCGCGGCCAUGGCGGAGCAGCUUGCGAGGAUCUUCGGCACCGAGGAGGAUCGUGUGAACUGCCCCUUUUACUUCAAGAUUGGUGCUUGCCGCAAUGGCGAUCAGUGCAAUCGCUUGCACAACCGGCCCACCAUGAGUCAGACCCUCCUGCUCUCGCACAUGUAUCCGAACACUCCUGAAUCCUUGGCACUGGCCAACGACGAGCCGUGGGACGACGACAUGUACGACCGCGCACAGGCCCACCUGGAAGCUUUCUACGUGGAGGUGUUCCUGGAGUUGGCCAAUUACGGAGAGAUUGAGGACUUGGUCGUGGUCGAUAAUCUCUGCGAUCACAUGAUCGGCAACGUCUAUGUGAAGUACUACCACGAGGAGGAUGCAGAGAGGGCCUUGAUGAAGCUCACAGGCCGAUUCUACAGUGGCAAGUUGAUCCAGGCCGAGUACACCACCGUCUCCGACUUCCGAGAGGCGCGCUGCCGUGCGUUCCACGAGACCCGCUGCAAUCGCGGAGCCUACUGUAACUUCAUGCACAUCAAGCACAUCCCUCGUGCGAUUAAGCGACGCGUGGUGCGAGAGAUGUACGACGAUCACCCCGAGUACCUGGGACAGACUGCAAAGAAGUCUAAGAAGGACAAGGACAAGGAUCGCGACCGCGACCGCGACCGCCGCAGCCGCUCCAGGCGCCGCGACAAGGAGAAGAAGGAGAAAGAUCGCGGUGAGGACAAGCCGCCUGCUCGCCAGACUUCUGAGGAACGCCGUGCCAUGAUUGCUUCCUGGAAUGCAGAGAAGGAAGGAGGAGUGGUAGCAUGAGGUACCCAGCAGUGACAGGUGAGUAGAAGUCUCCUAGUCAGGCACUAAUCCUUCGCUGGUUCCUUUGCCAGCGCUUUCCGAGUGGGACUGGGGAUUUUGGCAAGCGGAACUUGCCCGCUGGUGGGUAUGACUCAUAUGACCCGAAUCCGCUGGCUGCCCCCGACGUCGGGGCUCGCACAUCAGGAAGUUCGGGCUAGGAUUUUGAGGGAUUGGUUAGGGAUCC